AUGACUUCUUCCUGGUUCUGGUUUUUUGGCAAGACAAACUCACCCCCGCAUACGCCGCCUUGUCGUGGAAGCAGAAAAAGAGACAGAUUACGCUUAAUUUUCUCGAAGCAAAACCGGCACAAGAUUUGUGAUUGUCAAGAGGGCCGUGUGGUGGCGGAAUCGACUCCAGAGCCUCAAACAGAGCCCCAUACAGAGCAUCUUCCCGUGGUGGAACAGUCUGAAGUGAUCCUAGACACUGUGGAGCCAAUCACUAUAGAGGAGGUUGGCCAAUCCAAACAGAAUGUAGAAUGCUUUACUUUGCUCAAAGUUUUGCGUUUGAAUUGGAUGAAAUCACAAAAGACAACUACUGUUCAUUCUGAGCUACAGAGUGCUCCUCAGAUACAUAAUGAUCUGGGGAAGCCACCUCGAUCUCUUUACUUACUUCAGGACAUCGGCCCCGGCUCUAGCACUACUGAAGUCACCGCUGUUACAGGAAUGCAAGCAUAG